UUAUUUGUUCAGAAAGUUGCUGCCGACUUUCGCCAGGCUUCAUCACGCUGUGCCGAGCAGUUCCUGCUGGUUCGUGUUGUUCCUGUCCAACAGCCCACGUAUGCGCAGAAAAGCCCAACGCGUUGAAAAUGCCUUUGGCUAAAGACCUUCUUCAUCCGUCUGUCAACCACGAGAGGAGACAGCACAAAAAGAAAAGACUCGUCCAAAGCCCUAACUCCUACUUCAUGGACGUCAAGUGUCCAGGCUGCUACAAAAUCACCACUAUGUUCAGCCAUGCACAGACAGUUGUUCUCUGUGUGGGCUGCUCAACUGUGCUGUGCCAGCCGAAAGGAGGCAAGGCCAGACUGACAGAGGGUUGCUCUUUCAGGAGAAAGCAACAUUAGGAUUGCUCACGUUAUAAUGCUAAAUGUUGAAAAACCUCUUAAUUUUACCCAUUGUGAUGCAUUUAUUAGUGCUGUAAUCAUUGGUUCUGUUGCUGUAUAAACAUUGCAUGAAUGUUCUUACAAAAAUGGAAACACUAAGUAAAUCUUUAAUAAAGGAAAAUGAUAGAAAGUAAA